CUGUGCUCCGUGAUUUCAGUUCAGUUGGAACGUUUAUGUUGUCGAAGGAACACCAUGGAGUCGCAAUUUCGUUUCACUCAUCCGCUCUACAAGAUCCUUGGAAUGCUUUACUUGUUGAUCAUUGUGGGUUAUCUAUUACUUCGGUCUAAUAAUCUUUCGUAUUCGGAUGUUAAACUUGUUUCAAAAACAACGCGAUCGCGAGUUUCACUCAAGCCGGAACUACAGAAGUACUUUGUGAAAACCUCAAAAUGUCAAAUCCCCUUCGUGGAUCCUUUUAACGAUGAAGUGAUGAAAAUCUAUAAACCACAAACCUUAGUCAGGUGUUCAAAUGAGAGCGAUCUCAUUUGGACUGAAUAUAACAAAAACAUAAAGCGUCAUGUUUUGCACAUUGACGAUGAAGUAGCGUUUAAGUUACUCAAUAAUACCGAAUCGGAAUAUAAUUGCUUUUACCAGGAAAUCAAAUAUGGGAAUAGUGCGGAUACUUAUGAUAAUCUCGGGUUAAAGAAGUACUUUACCAACGGUUAUGUGGUGCCGCUGCAUGUGGAGGGAUUGAUCGUUGAGUGCCAGACGGCUGAGGAUCCGAAAGUGGUCCUCCAGAAGGACGCCUUCAUGUUUAUACAAUAUCGGCCGCUGCCCAAGGAUCUCAACCAACCUCGGUCUGCCCGAAAGCCGAGUGUCAUAAUGUACGGUAUCGAUUCGCUUUCUCGGAUUAAUUUACGCCGCACUAUGCCAAAGGUUUUCAAUUUUCUCCAGGGUCCCGGUUGGUACGAGAUGCAGGGAUAUAAUAAGGUUGCGGACAAUUCCUUUCCCAAUAUCCUCGCCAUUCUCAGUGGGUAUUCUAUUAGUGCGGCCAGGGAACAGGUGUGUGAUACUGACGUGAAGGGUUGUUUAGAUGAUAUGCCCAUGAUAUGGAAGUACUUUAAGAAUGCCAGCUAUUUGACAGGCUAUGCAGAGGACGAGAGUGAUUCGAAUCAUUUUAACUAUAUGAGACCCGGCUUCACCAGAAAACCCAUGGACUACUACUUCCGCCCAAUGUUGCGAGCACUUGAAAGCGAGAUGGAUGUGUAUCGAUUGCCGGAACAUGACUAUAUGCGAUAUUGUCUGGGACGUCGAAUUGCAAAUCGUUAUAUUUACAACUACGGUCGCCAGUUUGCACAGCGUUUUGUCCACGAGCGUCCAAUUUGGGGAAUGUUUUGGUCAAAUCAUUUUAGUCAUGAUGAUACUUUCAUGCCGUCGUCCAUGCAGGAGAAGGUUCUUGGAGACUUGCUCGAUUUCCAUGAGGAUGGGGAUUUUGAGGAAAUGAUUAUGAUAUUCUUUGCCGAUCAUGGCACCCGCUUUGGUGAGUUGACUACGUUGAAGGAAGGAUUCUUGGAGGAACGGCUGCCCAUGAUGUUUAUAUACCUGCCUCCCUGGUUCCGUGAGACAUAUCCUUCCUAUGCUCAAGCACUGGAACUUAAUCAGCACCGGUUAAGUUCCAAUUAUGAUCUCCACAAUACACUGAAGCACAUCGUCGAGAUUGGGGGUAUUCCAGAUGGGCCAGAGCUACCCAAGUCCUUCGACUGUCCCACAUGCCAGUCGCUGUUCUAUCCUCUGCCCGAGGAUCGCACCUGUUCUCAAGCAGGCAUCGUCGACCACUGGUGCACCUGCGAACCAUACCUGCUUCUCAAAGAUCAAGAGUGGACAGAACCCAUUGCCCAUAGUGUGAUCGAUCGGAUGAACGAGUAUUUUGUCCAAAAAAAUCUAAGCAAACUAUGCAGCAAUCUAACCCUAAACUACAUCCAUAAGACUGAGAUUAAGACGGGUCUGGAUGUCAAUUGGUAUGACGAAAUAAAAGAGGUGGAGACCUCUGUAUAUCGUAUCAAGUUCAAAGUGGAGCAGAAUAGCGCUGAUUUCCAGGCCACCGUUGUCUAUAAUAAUUCCACACAAAAAGCUGAGGUCGAUGUGGAGAAAAUCAGUAGAACGAACUCGUACAAGGAGGACUCCACCUGCAUCGACGACAAACUGGCCAAACUUUAUUGCAUUUGUUUCAGUGACCUCAAGUCAUAAAUAUCUCAACAUAGAAAUUUCUGUUUAAGUUAUCAUUAAGUGUAGACCAACAUAGUUUUAGGGUGAAAUGAACUCAGCUAAUUUGUCGUCAAGUAGAAUAUACACUAAUAUAUACCCUCAAUUGAUAGGUAUAAUGUAAGAACUUAGUAAUGUUCUUGUAUGUAAUAAUGGCAAGGCAGAAAUCAAUCUGUUUAUGUUAUUAAGGUAAUGAAAUAAGGAUUUUGUAGGAAAAUAUAUAUUAAAAAUCCA